CUUCAUCCAUCAACCGUCAACUACCACGCCGUUCGAAGUCACCUAUCUCCCUUUUUAUUCCUCACACCAAAUCUACACAGUCACGAUGGUCAAGCUCACUGAAGUUGAGGACGAGCACUUCGCCCAAGAGAAGCCCCAACCCAGCAAGCAUAACGUCCUCCUGGCCUCCGACGACGAGGAGGACGACUACACCGAUACCGAGUCUGAAAUCUCCGUCGAAUCUGACUAUGACGUCGAGGGCGAGAGCCUGUAUGAGCGCCUUGCCGCCCUGAAAGACAUUGUUCCUCCCUCCGCCCGCAAGCAGGUCACAAGCUCGGUCAGCUACGUUUCAUCGCUUGCAAAGUCCAGCAUCGCAUUCAGCGGCAAGGCGCUCUGGAUCCUGUCCACUAGCGCAUUCUUGCUCGGUGUGCCCUGGGCCUUAGCCUACGCCGAGGAGGAGCAGUAUAUCCAGAUGGAGCGUGAGCAGGGAAUGAUCAAGGGAGCUAACGAGAUGCUUGCUCCUGGUGCUCCUUCUACCGAGGAACAGAAGGCCCAGCCUACCCUGUAAACAAACUUCGCUCGAGCAAACCCACAGAGUGCGAAAGGAUCGAGAGCGAACCUUCUACCUUGAGAGAUCAUCCUAGAUUUGCGAUCGAUCGAUGACGCCUGUCACCGCAGUAUUUUAGUCGCUUUGUGGGCAUCUAGCUGCCUGGGGCAGUGGAAGCUAACAACAAAGUGAGAGCAUGCCAAUUACGGAGUCGGAUUGUUACGUUUCCUUCAGAAAAUCACGAAAUCCAUCGCAAUAUAUAAGAAACGUGCUUGUACUGGUAAUGGGAUGGCGCUGGAUCGGGACCGGGUUGUCGUCCGUUGGCUCUUCCUUUUUGCAUACUGCUGCGGGACUAUCUCUCUCCUCCCUUUGUUUUCCGGGCUCUCUUUUAGCCUCGGGAUUCUUGUAUUUGUAUAUCUGAUCUUCUGCUUGCCUUUUGUACUUCCAUCUCAUGUAGUUUCGUGUCCAUUCUGUCUGUCUUACCGACUUAUGCUUUAGAUA